UCAUGGCUGUGAAAAGAGAAGAGCAAACCUGCCAAAGGUCACACAGUUUUACCUGUUGCACUAAUGCUGCAUAAAAAGUUAACAAGGACCUGGAAGGAAGGAUCUGGAAAGAUGGUGGCGUUGUUUGAAACCAGCAAGAUCUGCACGGCUCUCCCUGGCUUGUUUGCAAUCAAAGCUUCCCUGUGAAUACUGAGCACCGGCCUCAUGAUGCGGCCCAAACAAGUGAUACUCCAGAUGCAACCCAGAACGGUUCUGGUGUGACAUGAAAGCAGCUCCACUCUGCAGCAGUACAAAGAUGGAGAGCCUGGAUCACGCUGGGACAACUUGCCCCAGGCCCCAAAGCAGGAGGAGCAGUCCCUGUGGAGACCGUCAGUCGAGCAGAGCGGUACCCAGCAUUCGCCACCGGACCGUGCUCCUUUGCUCUCCAGGGGUUGCGAGUUCAGCUGGAAACCGCAGUGCUUCUGGAUGACGUUUUCCUCUCCUCCCAGUGAAUCAGCCUUUUAUUUACUCUUUGGAAUGCAAAGUAACAGGACACCCUGUGUGUUAAGCCUCAUCGAGCUGCUGCCAGAACACCGUUGUGGCCACACUGAUAUAAAAAGACAAGCUGAGGCGGAAGAGGUGACAGCUUUUAUUUAAUGAACCGAUAUAGGUGAGAAGAAACCGAGGUUUUGUUUGUUGCUGAUUACUGCCACUGCAUGUGGGACAUGAACAACCUGGAUGAAGGGGUGGAGUUCCUCCCUGCUAUGAACUCCAAGAAGGUGGAGAAGCGUGGCCCAAAGCGAUGGAUAGUCAUCACCAUCGUGCUCGUCGUUUUCCUACUCGUCUCUCUUGUCACUGGCCUCCUGGUCUGGCACUUCAAAUACAGGAACGUGGCCGUCCGGAAGGUUUUCAAUGGCCACUUGCGAGUUCUGAACUGGGAAUUCCUCGACGCUUACGAGAACUCCAGCUCCCCGGAGUUUGCCAUCCUCGCCAAGAAGGUGAAGAGCACGGUGGAGGACAUCUACAAGAGUCAUGCAGAUAUCGGUCCUUACCACAAGGAGACAAUAAUAACUGCAUUCAGUGAAGGCAGUGUCAUUGCCUACUACUGGUCAGAGUUCCUUGUCCCCAAGUACCGGGAGAGUGCCCUCGACAAGGCCAUGGCUGACAAGCAGAGCUUGAUCCAGAGGCUGAACCCCCGGCUGCGAAACCCGGUGUUGAAGGUGGAGUCGGUCGUCGCUUUCCCUGUUGACCCCAGCAUAGCUCGUUCCUCGCGAGACAAUAGCUGCAUUUUUGCCCUCCAUGCCAAGGAAGGGGAGAUCACCAGUUUCACCACGCCAGGGUUCCCCAACAGCCCGUAUCCCAACAAUGCUGUCUGCUACUGGACACUGAGAGCUGAUGCCAACUACGUCAUCAGCCUGACCUUCAAGACUCUGGAACUGGAGCAGUGCACAGAGGGGAGUGACUACAUCAAGGUGUACAACACUCUGAGCCCUGUGGAGCAUGAUGCUGUGGUGAGGCUCUGUGGGAAUUAUGCCCCUUCCUACAACCUGACCUUCCUGUCCUCCCGGAACGUCAUGUUUGUCACACUUGUUACCAACAAGGAGGGGAGAUUCCCUGGCUUUAAGGCUGAGUUCUUCCAGCUCCCAAAGAUGAAAGCCUGUGGUGGGACUCUGAAAGCAGAGAGUGGCACCUUCACCACUCCCUAUUACCCAGCGCACUACCCGCCUACCACGGACUGUGUCUGGAACAUAGAGGUCCCCUCAAAAAAGAAUGUGAAGGUGCGUUUCAACAUGUUCUUUGUGCUGGAGCCCGGGAUCCCAGUCAGCUCCUGCACCAAGGACUACGUGGAGAUCAACAGCACGAGGUACUGUGGGGAGCGUUCCCAGUUUGUGGUGGCCAGUACUACCAAUAAAAUACAGGUCCGGUUCCACUCAGACUCGUCCUACACAGACACCGGCUUCUCUGCUGAGUACCUGUCCUAUGACUCCAGCGAUCCCUGCCCCGGCAAGUUUGCCUGCAAAACUGGCCGCUGCAUCGACAAAACCAUGCGCUGCGACGGGUGGCUGGACUGCACAGAUGGCAGCGAUGAGAGAUCCUGCACCUGUACCGACCAGCAGUUCAGGUGCCAGAACGGCUGGUGCAAGCCGAAGUUCUGGGUCUGUGAUAACGUGAAUGACUGCGGCGACAACAGCGACGAGCUGCAGUGCAGUUGCUCCGAUGACAGCUUCAAGUGCGACAAUGGGAAAUGCAUCCCCAUCACGCAGAAGUGUGACGACAAGGAUGACUGCGGAGACGGGAGCGACGAGGGCAGCUGCAGCAGGGCCACCACAACAGUCUCCUGCAAGGAAUACAUGUACAAAUGCAGCAACGGAAAGUGCGUCAGCAAGCAGAACCCGGAGUGCGACGGGGAGAAGGACUGCGAAGACAGUUCUGAUGAGAACAACUGCAGCUGCGGGAUCCGCUCCUACACUAAGAAGUCACGGAUCGUCGGUGGGCAGGACUCAGACGUGGGCGAAUGGCCGUGGCAGGUCAGCCUCCACGUCAAGGGCCAGGGCCACGUCUGCGGGGCCUCGCUGAUCUCGGAGCGCUGGCUGGUGACCGCGGCGCAUUGCUUCGGGUACCUGCAGGGCAUCGAUUACUCGGACGCCAAGCUGUGGACGGCCUACCUGGGACUGACCGACCAAAGCAACCGCAACGGCGCCAACGUGCAAACACGAACGAUCAAGCGCAUCAUCUCCCACCCCAACUUCAACGACUACACCUUUGACUAUGAUAUUGCUGUGAUGGAGCUGCAAGAGCCUGUCACCUUCUCCUCCGUUGUCCAGCCCGUCUGCCUACCCGAUUCCACCCACAACUUCCCUGUCGGCAAGGACCUGUGGGUGACUGGAUGGGGAGCGACUUCAGAAGGAGGCAGCGGUGCCACCAUCCUGCAGAAAGCAGAAAUCCGGUUGAUCAACCAGACCGUGUGCAACGAGCUGCUGUCCGGCCAGGUGACGUCGCGCAUGAUGUGCGUGGGGAUCCUGACGGGUGGCGUGGACGCGUGCCAGGGAGACUCCGGAGGGCCGCUGGUCAGCGUAGAAGCCAACAGUCGGAUAUUCCUGGCCGGCGUCGUGAGCUGGGGCGACGGCUGCGCGCAGCGACAAAAGCCUGGCGUCUACACCCGGGUCACCAAGCUGCGCCAGUGGCUCAAAGAGCAGACAGGCCUCUAGGGACAUACUCAUCUUCACAUGGACAUGUAAGUUUUGUACACUGCUGGCCAGGGCUGCCCCAGCCACGGAGAAGGGAGGCUUUGUGUGCAGCGAAGCGCAGAGAGCUGCCUCCAACGUGAACUUCAGCCCUCCCUCUACCUCGCCGCAAGCGCCUGGGACUCCCACCCGCAGACCGCGACUGCAGCUCUCUUCAGCGCAGCAGCAAAAGACUGGAGACAAGCGUGGAGGACCUCCUUGUCUGUAUUUAAUGUGUGCCAGCGAGCCAGAGCUGCUGUUUUAGUUUAGCCCUUAGUAAUCCCACCCUGACACCAAACCUCAGUUUAAAACUUAAUGCUUGGACAGAAGUUUCCCAUUGUGGGCAAGCUAGUGUAGCUCCCAGGAAGAACUGGAAUGAACAGCCCAUCAAGAUACAUACAAAUAGGAGAAAAAGAAGAAAAAAAAUUAAUUAAAAAAAAAAAAAAAAAAGAAAAAACACUUUGUGUUUUUAGAAGCAAACUUUAUUGGGACGGGUUCAAAAACAGCUUUUAGAAUAUAUUCUAUCUCCUGCGUUUGUUUUCAAACUGCCGUCCGCACCCCUUUUUCUGGUCAUGAGUAAAGGGGGGGGGUUCUCACCAUGGGGGUGGUGGUGGAUCCCUCAGGAUCCCUCCCUCGGCGCAGUCCCAGGCCGUGGCGUCUCUUCCGUCCUUUGGCCGACUUAGUUUCUGUUCUCCUCUGGGUGGGAGUUGCCGUAACGAGUCCAGGGCUGCAGCACUGAGGGAGACAGUUGUGGCUGAAACAUGUUCACUCACCUCAAGGGACUCGUGCGCAGGUCUACUUGCACGCCCAGGUUAUCCGUCUUCUGACUUGAGAACUGGUCAGAUUGGCAUUACCACAAUGUGCCUUAACACUACGCUGUGGUUUAGCUGCUGCAUCUUCUCGCUUUAGCUGCUUGUUCUCGCCAGGCAGUGCUGUGCCACCACGGGGCCAGGGCAGCAGCGAGGCGCAGGGCUGGACACGUGCUGGUACACGUACCAGUGCAGCCCAUGGUGCCUGGAGUACACUUGGUGACUUCCUCGGUGCAGCCAGGUGCUUUGCUUUGCUUCGCACGUGGGGCAGAAGUGAUUGAAUGAUUUCCUGCAGCUUGUCCCCAGCCCUGGUAACAGCGGAUGGCUCUGCCUGCGCCGAGGCAGAGACAGUCUUUUGGCCCUUCUUACUUUUGUAAGAGAUGGCAGCAAUGUGACUUCUGAAUGUGCCGAUUUGAUCUCCCUUCUUCUCUGUAGCCUGUUCCUUGCCGUAGAAGAGCACACUCCAGGUGACUUCGGUUAGCCAUUCCUCACCUGUAAAUACACUGUUUUGUAAAACUCUAUAUGGAAUGGAGAUGCUCCAAGUCUAUUAAACUGAGAUAUUUUCUAA